AUGGAAGGUAGCAGGCGAAGUCUAACGAGCCACUUUGAGCCAGCAACGGGUUCAUCAAGUCACGAUAAUGAGAAUAGCAGAAGCGGAGAACCAACACCAACUAUACCCCCAUCAUUUAACAUCAUACCCCCCCAACCCGACUCUAAUGAUCACCUGGCUCUGAGCGAUGAUGAUAGAGAUCAACUUGACGAGAAUAAGGGCGCAGAUUCAAUAUCAGGCAUUUUCAAACCCAAUGGUCUAAGCUCUCGAGGGAGAGAACGCCCCAAGCUUUCACUAAGGACUUCAUCUAUCUCUGACAGAGGUAGUGCAUCGUCGAGUAAACUUACUGGUCUGUCUUCCAAUGAUCACACCACAUCGAUCAGAAUGAGAAGAAGAAGUAAUGACAGCCGUUCAUCUCGUGGUUCUUCCAACAAUCUUUCAGAUCAUGCACCUAGAUCUGCUAGAGUACUUUCAUAUAUUCAAGCAGAUGACAUGGAUGAGUUCCAGGAUAUUCAAAAGGACUUUCAGAGCGCUAUGGAUGAAGAAGGAAGAACUUGGCUACCUCAAAUAGGCAGCGUUAAAAGCAAUGCUGACUCCACGCACUCAGGCUCUGAGCAAGAACAGUCAGAACCCGAAGAUAGUCUGAAUGAUUUAGAUGUUAGCACACAUUUGAGGGGCAAUUCGAGUACCUUGAGAGAGUCAAAUCAAUUGCAUAAUUCACCAAGUAAGUCAAUCACGAAAAAUGCCCUUAACAUAUUUCAAGAUAAACAGGACGAGGCUUCAACACUUGUCGUUGAACUGGCAGAUUUAGACGAUAUUCCCGGUCGAAAAAGAUUUCAGCCGUUAAAGCUAUACGGGAACUCAUUGGGGCUCAUCUCACCCACGAAUAAAAUUAGGCUCAAGUUAGCUUCACUACAAUUACAUCCCAUGUACAAGAUUGCUUAUCAGCUCUUGCUGACACUAUUCACCGCUUUGAUGGCCUUUCGAACCUAUCAGCCCACUCAACUAGAUUUCCUAUACAGCUUCUCAUACUGGGUUGACUAUACUGCGUUUUUUCUUUGCAUUCUUUUCACUUUAAAUGAUACAGCUAAAGUUAUCGCCUUCGGACUAUGGGAUGAUUCACAGAUGUUCGCGGCAUAUGGCAAGCAAUACACCACUUUAAUGGAAACCUUUGGUCUUACAAAAUUUCUCAAAUUUUUACGAAACAAGUACGGAGCCAAAAUAGUCAGCUUUAUCGUCCCAUUUCAGAUCUUGGAUAAUGAAGACGAGCCUGCUUUUCAAAGCAAGGAACAUAAGGGAACUCUUACAAAUUUAUCUACUACUGCAAAGACGAAAAAUUUCGAAAUACCGAGAGCUUUCCUGCGGUCUUCCUGGAACAGAAUAGAUUUCACAUCAACAAUAUGCUUUUGGAUGGGACUGUUUUUAGCCAUCCACGAAUAUGACAUUAAAAAAGGAAUUCGAAUCUUCAAAACGCUGGCGUUUUUGAGAAUACUUAGACUAGUCAACACUGAUACCGGGCUAUCAUCGAUUUUGAGAGGUGUGAAAUAUGCUAUCCCACAGCUAAUUAAUAUUGGCUCCAUGUUUGUUUAUUUUUGGUUAUUAUUUGGAAUUUUAGGUGUCCAAAGUUUCCGUGGAUCUUUACGCAGGCAGUGUGUUUGGUUCGAUCAGAAUGACUCUAAUGAUAGGUAUCAAUAUGAGAAUCAAUUUUGCGGUGGUUUUCUGGAGCCUAUAACGAAAAAGGUAAUGCCAUACCUUCUGAACGAUGGAACUUAUGGACCUGCUUCUAAGGGGUUUUUGUGCCCACAAUACUCCAAAUGCAUUUCAAAUGCUAACCCAUAUAACGGCAGAGUGAGCUUUGACAACAUAGUAAAUGCGAUGGAACUGGUUUUUGUUGUAAUGAGUGCAAAUACGUUCACAGAUUUGAUGUAUUACACCAUGGACAGCGAUGAGAUGGCCGCCAGUAUAUUUUUCGUGGUUGCCAUAUUCGUGCUGAAUAUCUGGUUGAUGAACUUGGUUAUUGCGGUUCUAGUUACAUCUUUUCAGUUGGCCAACGAAGAAUUUAAGAGAAAGAAACUUGAAGUCAAGACCUUGGAGAGUUGGCCUAUAAGGCUAGCCACAGGUUAUUGGAGAUAUUUUCAGGUGAAAGCACAACGGACCAAGAUGCCUACAUGGGCUAAGAGAGGUCAGUUAUUGUGUGAAAAAAUAGAGCCUAUUAUGGUUAUACUAAUUGUCGUGGAUCUCGCCAUGAGGUGUAGGCUUGAUGCCACCGUGUCUGAAUCAUAUACUAAUAAAUUCAUUGACACAGAUACGGGAAUUUGUACUAUGCUAUUGCUAGAGUCAAUCUUCAAGCUAAUCUUUCACAUCCCUAAUCCAUGGAAAUUUUUAAUCAAAUGGAGUUAUGUUUAUGAUCUAGUUGUUGGUAUUGCUGCUUUUAUCAUUACACUUCUCAAAAAGUAUCGCAUAUUAGGAGACACUUACUACUGGCUGUCAAUUUUUCAUAUCAGUAGGUUCUACCGUGUGGUAUACAUGUUUGGGUUUACCUCAAACCUGUGGAAGCGUGUCUUGGGUAACAGGUUAAUGAUAUGGAAUCUCUCAGCAUUUUACUUUUUUUUCACAUUUCUGGUUUCCAUCAUAAUGUCAGUUUACUUCGAAGGCAUACUUCCUGCAGAUGAAAUGGAAGACCAACAGUUUGGUAUGUUCUCUUUGCCAAACUCAUUUCUCUCACUUUUCAUCAUAGGCAGUACUGAAAAUUGGACAAGCAUCCUCUAUUCUCUACAAAGCUAUGCUACUAAUAUAUCGUCAUCCUUCUUCAGUUCAGUACUGCUGAUUGUUUGGUUUAUUCUUUCAAAUUCGGUCAUUCUAAACAUUUUCAUUGCUUUGAUUUCAGAAACAAUGGAAGUGAAAGAAGAAGAGAAGAGACCGCUGCAGAUAAAGCACUAUCUGAAGUAUAUCUAUCCUCAAAAAAUUAAAGAAUUCACACAUGCUUCAUUCCUGAAAAGAUUACAAAAGAAAGUCUUCCGCAAUGGCUCCCAAGAAGAUUCUAGAGAUUUUAAACAAUUUUUGAUGAGAGGAACGGCUAUAAUGAACAUAGCUCAAUCUAUGCCAGGGCUAGCGGACGAACUAAAAACCGACAGCUUUUCGAUUGAUGUUCCUCAGAAUGUGAAAGCGCGCUUUGGAAAGCUUUCUCAAUAUUUCUCAUUCUUGCAUAAACUGAAAAUGUAUGCUCACAACCCUUUUUACAAGAAGCCCGAGGUGCUCUUCACUGAAGGGGGAGAUGAAUCUCGAAGAACGUUUUUGCUUCAGUUGAAUGAGCAUGAAGAUGAAAAACUGGACUACUUGAAAAGACACCCAUCGUUCAACAACUCGUACUUUAUUUUAUCACCUCAUCACGCCUUCAGGAAAUUUUGCCAGCGUCUUGUACCUCCUAGUGUGGGAAGACGAACGGACAAUAUCCGGUUUUAUGACGAUGAUACCGAUCUCUAUGGUCAAAAAGUUCACUUUCAUCGAAUUAGAAGGGAUAUUUUCGUUGUCUUUAUGACUAUUGUUACCAUUUUGCUUAUUGUUUUCUCCUGCUUUGUCACACCUUUAUACAGAAUGGAGCACAAGCUGAAAAUAUGGAGUUGGCCCACCUACGUGGAUUGUGCAUUUGUGUCGAUUUUCACCAUAGAGUUUAUUGUCAAGACGGUAGCAGACGGCGUUUUUUACACGCCGAAUGGUUAUUUGAGAAAUCCCUGGAACUUCAUAGAUUCCAUCGUUCUUAUUUCUUUGUGGAUAAAUCUUAUUGCAUUUUUGAGGAAUGAUGGCGAUCUUUCCAGGAUAUUUAAGGGAUUGACUGCCCUUAGGGCGCUGAGAUGCUUGACUGUGAGCAAUAUGGCCAGGAACACAUUCAGUUUGGUGGUUUUUGACGGAAUAAGGAAGAUAUUUGAAGCCUCUUUUGUCUCUUUAACGUUAUUGUUCCCUUUCACUGUGUGGGGAAUGAACUUAUUCAGAGGUAAAUUGGGAACAUGUAAUGACGGAUCCAAAGGAAUGGGUGAUUGCAACAGCGAGUUCACGAAUACUGUAUUCAAUUGGGACAUCAUGAUGCCAAGAGUUUAUAGUCAGCCAUACUUGUUUUUUGACUCAUUUGGAAGCUCCUUUAGAUCGUUGUAUGAAAUCGUGUCUCUAGAGGGAUGGACUGAUUUACUUGAAAACCUGAUGAAUAGCACAGGUGUCGGCACCCCUGCAUCGCUAUUUGCCUCUUCUGGGAACGCAAUUUUUCUGGUACUCUUCAAUUUCUUGAGUAUGGUGUUCAUUUUGAACCUGUUCAUUUCCUUUAUUAUUAACAAUCAUGCAAAAACGACAGGAAGCGCGUAUUUUACCACUGAAGAGAAGUCAUGGUUGGAAGCAAAAAAGCUCCUAUCUCAAGCGAAACCUAGAUCCAUACCAAGUCUCAUUGAGCUAUCCAAUACGAGGAGAUUUUUCUAUGGGCUAGCUGUUGAGAAGAGUAACUUUUUUAUGUCUUUUCUCCUACAAGUGGUUCUUUAUUUACACAUCAUUAUGCUGCUAUGGCGAUCCUACCGUAAGCCCAAUCUUGGGAUUCAAUUCGAAGAUAUUUUCUUUAUGGUUUCGACCACGAUCUUCUUCCUUCAAGAGAUUUUUCACCUUUAUGGCGAAGGUUUGCGACUAUAUGUGAGAUCCAUUUGGAACAAGACGCGAUUUGCCAUUGUCAUUACAUCCUUUGUGCUCACGGCAGUCGGGUUCAAGGUGACAAACGAAGCCCUGCUGUUUAAUAAUGUGAAGGAGUUAUUCCACCUAGUGAUCUUUUUAUUCGUCAUUCCUCAAAAUGAUAUGCUCUCUGAACUCGUUCAGACAGCAGUAGCCAGUUGGCCGCCUAUUUUAUCCUUGACAUUCACAUGGGGCAUUCUGUUUCUGGUAUAUUCCAUUGCCUUAAAUCAAAUAUUUGGUCUCACUAAGUUAGGACCGAAUACGUCAGGCAACAUCAACUUCAGAACAGUUCCAAAAGCUCUUAUUGUUUUGUUUAGAUGCAGUUUUGGUGAAGGCUGGAACUACAUCAUGGCAGAUCUGGCGGUAGAUAUCCCGUACUGCUACACCUAUUCGGGUACUGGCAACGACUGUGGAUCCGAAUUAUAUGCAUAUUUGCUUUUGAUGUCAUGGAAUAUCCUGUCAAUGUACAUUUUCCUGAAUAUGUUUAUUUCGCUAAUCAUUGGGAACUUCAGCUACGUGUACCGCAGAGGAGGCUCAAAAUCGCCUAUUGGCAGGAGGGAAAUUCUCAAAUUCGUCGAAGCUUGGACAAAGUACGAUACUGAUGGGACCGGAGAACUCGAGUUCUCAUAUUUGCCGAAGCUUAUGCACUCGUUCGAUGGACCGCUAAGCUUUACAAUCUGGGAGGGAAGCCUGACCAUUAAGAAUUUGGUUAAGAAUUACAUGGAAGUUAACCCGAACGAUCCCUAUGAUGUUCAAAUAGACCUGGACGGGUUGAACAAAGAACUGGACUCUAUUGAUAAAGUCAAGGUCAUUCAGAGAAGGUUGCAUUACAGAAGGUUUACACAAGAAGUAUUCCAUACCAAUUCAUACAGAGGUGCGAUCGGAUUCUCUUCUUUAUUGAAGCUUAUUCCCCUGUAUACCAUCUACAAUCCGAGGGAAUGCUUAGGCAUCGACGAAUAUGUCCGCCACUUGUACAAUCUGGGUAAAGUUGACAAAUAUCUGGACAACGAAAAGAACUUUGACGUCCUUAAUAUGGUCGUGACAGCAUGGAAGUACCAAUCAAGGCAGAAAUCCAGAGGGACCGUUGUCAGCAAGUCAUCCACUCUCUUUCAAACAUAUGAGACUAUAACCAAUCCGUUCAAUAGCGUUUCUGAGAGAUCAUCAAAUGAUUUUGCAACCACUCCCCUGAUGGAUUUUGGAGUAGACAAUUUCUUAUGGUCACCCAAGUUAGGAGGAAGAAAGAAAUAA